GCAAGAGAUCCGCCAGCAGAGUGGCAAACCCGGGCGAGGCUGGCCAUCACGUAUCUCUUCACUGGUAGACUAGAUCUUCAACCGUGCCACAGGGAUGCUGCUCAGCUGCCACUCUAUUCUCGUUCCGACGAUGGAUCCUGUUCACGCGGUGCAUCAUUGAUCCUAGUUUUGCGGAGUCCAUCUGCCCUUCUUCCCCCCAUCUGCGCCACACUCCCAUCUGUCUCUCUCCUUUGCAGUGAGACCAGUCACUCCGCUCUCUUCAAUUACUGGCCGUCAACGGUUGGAGCUCCAGCCGUGGCUCACUUCCCACCGAGAGGUGGAUCAGUGCGGGAUGCGGAAAUGAUUUUGCUGGCGAAAGCCUUGUUGUGGACCGAUUACGUGGAAAACAGAUUGGCGGAAUUGGUGCGCGAGCGAAGUUAUUCGGACCGCACGAUCCGACUUUCGCGGAUCUAGAUUUUGGAACUGAGGGUUGUGUUGAGGAGUAAGAUUAGGAAGUGACGACAAGGAGAAGGAGGAGGAAGAAGUUUGAUGGCGUCGCCGAGGUCUGCUGCGACCGGUGGGCUUGGAUUCCGCGGCGUCGGUAAGCAGGGUAAUGCGGGGCGUGCUCCCAAUGGGAGCAGCACAAACAUUCCGGUAGGGAUGCACCAUGGUCGGAGAACUUCGAGUGGGAGAUUCAUGAAUUUGUCCCGUGACGAGAGUGAACUAGGCGCCGUCACAGACAGUGAAAUGGGAUCCGAUUUCCUUUACACGGUGCAGAUCCCAGCCACGCCGGACCACCAGCUGAUGACUGCGAAUCCGUCCAGCCGCUCAGUCGAUUCGGCUAUUUCUGGGAAGGCAGAGCAGCAGUUCGUAUCGAGCACCAUUUUCACUGGAGGAUUCAAGAGUGUCACUCGAGGUCACGUGAUGGAGAAGAUGAUGGAAAGUGAAGGCAGCCAUCCGCAGCUCGGAGGUGCCCGUGGUCCCAUCUGCGCCAUGGAGGGGUGCGACGGAAAAUCCAUGCGCGAUGAGCGCGGCGACGAAUUGUUCCCUUGUGAAUGCAACUUCAGGAUAUGCCGAGAUUGCUACGUUGACGCCCUGAACGGCAAAGGGCUUUGUCCCGGUUGUAAGGAGGAGUACAAGAUUCCUGACGAACCUCCCACCCACACCGAUGUUCGCCGCGAUGACUUGCGGGCAUUGCCUCCUCCCAACCAUGACGAUGUCACUUCCGGCAGAAUGGACCGUCGACUGUCGCUCACGAAGCAGAAGCCUGGGCUGCUGAUGGGUAACAAUACUACGGAUUUUGACCACGCUCGGUGGCUCUAUCAGACCAAAGGAACCUACGGUUAUGGUAAUGCCGUGUGGCCCAAAGAUGAUGGCUACGGCGGCAACGACGGCGGGGGCGGGAAGGGCAACCCCACCAACAAUGUGGGUGUGGUACCUGAAUUCAAUGACAAAUCCCGUCGUCCUUUGUCGCGCAAAGUUCACAUCUCAGCUGGGAUUCUCUCACCUUACAGGUUGCUAGUCGCCAUUCGUAUGGUAGUCCUUGGCAUGUUUUUGGCAUGGCGUGUUAGGCAUCAGAACCAAGACGCCGUGUGGCUAUGGGGAAUGUCUGUUGUUUGCGAGAUUUGGUUUGCUUUCUCCUGGAUUUUGGAUCAGCUGCCCAAGCUCUGCCCCAUCAAUCGCAUGACGGAUUUGAGUGUUUUGAAGGACAAGUUCGAGACACCUCGGCCGGAGAAUCCUACUGGUCGGUCUGAUUUGCCUGGUGUGGAUGUAUUCGUCUCAACAGCAGACCCCGAGAAGGAGCCUCCACUUACCACGGGUAACACUAUUCUGUCGAUACUUGCGUCUGAGUAUCCUCUGGAGAAGCUUGCAAUCUAUCUUUCAGACGAUGGAGGUGCGCUUCUAUCGUUUGAGGCUUUAGCAGAGGCUGCUAGUUUUGCACGGAUCUGGAUUCCGUUUUGCCGGAAGCACAAAAUUGAGCCCCGCAAUCCCGAGACCUACUUUCUCUUGAAAGGAGAUCCUACCAAGGGAAAGACCAGGCCUGAUUUCGUGAAGGAUAGGCGUCGUGUCAAGAGAGAGUACGAUGAAUUCAAAGUGCGUGUUAAUGGACUUCCUGAAGCGAUCCGACGUCGCUCAGAUGCUUACAACUCGCAUGAAGAAAUUCGUGCAAAGCGAUCACAGAUUGAAACGGGAGCCGAUCCUUCGGAACCUCUCAAUGUGCCCAAGGCCACUUGGAUGGCUGACGGCACUCACUGGCCUGGGACGUGGACACAGUCUGGGAAGGAGCAUGGACGUGGAGACCACGCCGGUAUCAUUCAGGUAAUGCUUGCCCCUCCUACCCACGAGCCUCUGAUGGGUAGCGCAGACGAGGAGAAUCUGAUUGACACUACCGAUGUUGACAUUCGACUACCAAUGCUUGUUUAUGUGUCUCGUGAAAAGCGGCCCGGAUAUGACCAUAACAAAAAAGCUGGAGCUAUGAAUGCCCUUGUGCGAACAAGUGCCGUCAUGUCCAACGGACCCUUCAUCCUCAAUCUGGAUUGUGAUCAUUACAUUUUCAACUCCCUCGCUAUCCGAGAAGCUAUGUGCUUCUUCAUGGACAAGGGCGGAGACCGUCUUGCGUACGUCCAGUUUCCUCAACGAUUCGAGGGUGUGGAUCCCAACGAUCGAUACGCCAACCACAACACUGUCUUCUUCGACGUGAACAUGAGGGCUCUAGAUGGACUCCAAGGUCCUGUCUAUGUGGGAACUGGAUGUGUUUUCAGAAGAAUUGCGCUCUACGGUUUUGAUCCUCCCAGGUCUCGCGAACACGGAGGAUGCUUCGAUUUCUUCUGUUGUUGCUGCGCUGGGAGCAAGAACAAGAAUCAGAUUAUGCACACGAAGCGAGUAAACGAGGUGACAGGCCUGACUGAACACACUAGUGAUGAGGACGACGAUCUUGAGGCGUCAAUGCUUCCCAAGAGAUACGGUGCCUCUGUUGUGUUUGCCUCCUCGAUUGCAGUUGCUGAGUUCCAAGGACGGCCGCUAGCCGAUAAGGGUGUCCUAAAUAGUCGCCCAGUCGGUGCGCUUACAGUUCCAAGGGAGCCUCUGGAUGCCAGUACCGUCGCUGAGGCUAUUAAUGUAAUCUCGUGCUUCUAUGAGGAUAAAACAGAGUGGGGUGGUCGUGUGGGAUGGAUUUACGGCUCCGUCACAGAAGAUGUGGUCACUGGUUUCCGUAUGCACAACCGUGGCUGGCGCUCAAUCUAUUGUGUCACCAAACGUGAUGCCUUCAGGGGUACUGCUCCAAUCAAUCUGACGGAUCGUUUGCAUCAAGUGCUACGGUGGGCUACGGGAUCCGUGGAAAUUUUUUUCUCUCGGAAUAAUGCGUUCUUUGCCUCUCCUCGGAUGAAAUUUCUUCAGCGAAUCGCUUACCUCAACGUCGGCAUUUACCCCUUCACCUCAAUCUUCCUUUUGGUCUAUUGCUUCCUUCCUGCACUUUCCCUCUUCACUGGUCAGUUCAUCGUCCAAACCCUCAAUCUUUCCUUCUUAGUCUACCUUCUCAUCAUCACCGUUACCCUCUGCAUGCUCGCCAUUCUCGAAGUGAAAUGGUCGGGUAUUACGCUCGAGGAGUGGUGGCGUAAUGAGCAGUUCUGGGUCAUUGGAGGUACCAGUGCCCACGUCGCUGCGGUUAUUCAGGGUCUGCUCAAGGUCAUGGCCGGAGUCGAGAUUUCCUUCACUCUAACAUCGAAGUCGGCUGGAGAGGACGAAGAUGACAUCUACGCAGAUCUUUACGUAGUGAAGUGGACAUCUCUCAUGAUUCCUCCCAUCACUAUCGGUCUCACCAACAUCAUCGCCAUUGCUGUAGGCGUCUCCCGAACCAUCUACAGCGAGAUCCCCGAGUGGAGCAAGCUCAUUGGAGGCGUGUUUUUCUCUCUGUGGGUGUUGUUCCAUCUCUACCCCUUCGCCAAGGGUCUCAUGGGCAAGGGGGGCAAGACGCCCACCAUUAUUUACGUCUGGGCCGGUUUGUUAUCCGUCAUCAUAUCCCUACUCUGGCUCUACAUCAGUCCCUCUGCGAACAGGACAGCACAAGCUGGUGACGGCGGUGGCUUUCAGUUCCCCUGAACACUCCAAAUUGGUGUUCAUGUUACGCCAGCACAUUCCCGAUGUGCCGAUCAAUUUUUUGCCAUGGCUUGGAGUGCUGGUGUCCGUCCUGUUGCAGAGCAAACGUCAACCACUAUUCUCAUUGGCAGCUGAUGUGGCAGAGUGCCUUAAAGCUGUUGUUGCAGCUCUUUUCUUUCUGGAGGGAUAGUAAGCACGUAUAUGUAUAAGUGAGGAAGAAAGAGCCAGAAGAGAUAAAGACGCUCUAUAUUCGCUCCACGUCGGUGUACAAUAGCGAAUCAACCAUUCUUUUGAUUUAUGUAGAGUGAGAGAGAGUUGGAAUCUGGUAAUCUUUGAGGAUAUCUUCUUGCGCAGAUAAUGUAAGUUACACUGCUGCCUUUGGUGGUCUCCCUUUCAGAUUGAGGCGAGCUCUAGGUCUGCGAGUUAUGCGAUCGUUGCGAUGACAUGAGAGGGAGAAUGUGAGGGUUUAGCCGUCCCUCCUUUGCCGAAUAAGAUGUAGGCAAAUUCCAAGUGAAAAAAUUUCCUAGUUAUCAUAAACCCGACUCUCGUGUGGGCAGGGCCUUCUUGCAUUGAUUUGUUAGUCCGCUCAUCACCACAAUAUUGCUCCGAGGAACCGGCGUUCUAUAGCGGCAUCUGCAGUGUCAAAGAAAUCUUAGUCUCGUCAGACUGAUGACAUUGCGGAUGGAAAUCUUUGUAGCCUAUAUAAUAAAAUCCUAAAACAAUCAGUUCUCAAUGUC